UAUCUUCAUUGAUAUACACCUGUCAAUGUCAUUUCGACUGUCAUGUAGAUCUUUGAAGCUUUUUCGAAAAUAAAGGAAAAUGACUUUGGUUGAGUUCUUCGGGUGCACCUUUUUGGCCUUUGGCCCUCCGUUUGCGAUGUUCGUGUUCACAAUCGCCCAUGACCCUGUGCGAAUCAUAAUCCUGAUAGCGGCAGCGUUCUUCUGGCUGGUCUCCCUUCUGUUGUCUUCGUUGUGGUGGUACAUUGUGGUCCCGCUGAGGCAAGACUUGGCUUUUGGAGUGGUCUUCUCAGUGUUCUUCCAGGAAACCUUCCGCUACAUCAUUUACAAAAUCCUGAGAAAAGCGGAAAAUGGCCUUAAGAAAAUCACCGACGACAGCACUCAGCUGAUUGAAAACAAGCAUAUUCUGGCCUAUGUCAGUGGGCUGGGUUUUGGGAUUAUCAGCGGGGCCUUUUCGUUGGUCAACAUCCUUGCUGACGCAGUGGGUCCUGGGACCAUGGGACUGAAAGGCGGGAAUGAGAUGUUUUUCCUCACAAGUGCAGCAACUGGACUUUGUUUUACAUUGUUGCAUACUUUCUGGGGUGUGAUUUUUUUCAACGCUCUAGAUAAUAGUAAUAAGUGUUACGUGGGAGUUGUUGUGGUUUCGCACCUUUUGUCCUCUUGUAUUACGUUGCUUAAUUUUAAAGUCGGACCAGCAGGCACUUUAAUCCCACUGUAUUUUAAUCUAGUCCUCAUGGGGUUAAUGGCAUACAGGGUCGCAGGUGGCUCAUAUGCCUCAUUUAAAAGCUGUAUAACUUUUAAGUAAUUUAUUAGAGAAAUAAAACUUUUCAUAAUAUAUAAUUAUUUCGGUAUUAUCUGACCCACAACAACCAUUCUUUUGAUUACACUUUAUGUUUUAUCCAAUGUAAAUCUCUUGUUUGACUGAAAAGUUAUGUUUACUACAUUUUUAUUUAUUUAAAUGUAGAGAUUUUUGUAACUAAUUAAUAAAACCUUCAAAGAAA